AUGACCUACUCCCUCUCCCACUGGGUCAGCUGUGGACACCCAGGGUAUAUCCUGACCUGCUCCCUCUCACUCUGGGUCAGCUGUGGACACCCAGGGUAUAUCCUGACCUGCUCCCUCUCCCACUGGGUCAGCUGUGGACACCCAGGGUAUAUCCUGACCUGCUCCCUCUCCCACUGGGUCAGCUGUGGACACCCUGGGUAUAUCCUGACCUGCUCCCUCUCCCACUGGGUCAGCUGUGGACACCCUGGGUAUAUCCUGACCUGCUCCCUCUCCCUCUGGGCAGACUGUUAUGCAUCACCUCACUCACACACACCCAAAACACACACACAUACACACACCUUACACACUGAGCUACCAUGUGCUGUAUCUGUCUAUCAUCCUUAUGGCUUCUCUUGUCUCUUUCUCAUUACAGAGAUAAAUGGAGCUGGUUUCUUUCUCAUUACAGAGAUAAAUGGAGCUGGUUUCUAUCUCAUUACAGAACUGAAUGGAGCUGGUUUCUAUCUUAUUACGGAGAUAAAUGGAGCUGGUUUCUGUCUCAUUACAGAGAUAAAUGGAGCUGGUUUCUAUCACAUUACAGAAAUAAAUGGAGCUGGUUUCUAUCUCAUUACAUAACUGAAUGGAGCUGGUGUCUAUCUCAUUACAGAGCUGAAUGGAGCGACCAUCCAUUUCUUUAUUUCUGCAUCUGCUGUAUGAAUACAUCUAAUCUAAUUGAUUAAUAAACAGAUUCAUUCAGUUCUAGGUUAGGGUUAGGUAAGUUUAUGUGUGUGUAUCAGUGGGUGAGUACAUGAGUAUGCAUGUGCGUAUGUGUGUGUAUCCUUUUAUAUGUGUGUGUGCCUGUGUGUGUGUAUCCUUGUAUGUGUGUGUGUGCCUGUGUGUGUGUAUCCUUGUAUGUGUGUGUGUGUGUGUGUAUGUGUGUGUGUAUCCUUGUAUGUGUGUGUGCCUGUGUGUGUGUAUCCUUGUGUGUGUGUGUGCCUGUGUGUGUGUAUCCUUGUAUGUGUGUGUGUGCCUGUGUGUGUGUAUCCUUGUAUGUGUGUGUGUGUGUAUGUGUGUGUGUAUCCUUGUAUGUGUGUGUGUGUAUGUGUGUGUAUCCUUGUAUGUGUGUGUGUGUGUAUGUGUGUGUAUCCUUGUGUGUGUGUGUGUAUCCUUGUGUGUGUGUGUAUGUGUGUGUAUCCUUGUAUGUGUGUGUGUGUGUAUGUGUGUGUAUCCUUGUGUGUGUGUGUGUAUCCUUGUGUGUGUGUGUGUGUAUCCUUGUGUGUGUGUGUAUCCUUGUGUGUGUGUGUGCCUGUGUGUGCCCCACCUUGCUCCCAGUCUGACAUCCUGACACAUUUCAACAAUCAAUGUUGAAAAUAAAUCUGAGGAUGUGAUUGGAAAUGAACUUGACAUCUGUAGCGUAAUGAGGCCCUGUAAUUGGAUAAACAGUGUAUCUGAUGUCACAGAUGACUGCAGACCAAGGAUGUGUGUGUGUGUGUGAGCUGUCAGACAGAUGAGAGACCCUAACCAUAACCCUAACCCUUGCCUCAACCCUAACCCUAACCCUAGCCUCAGCUCUCUGCCUUGAUUGAUCCCUCAGGCAAAAACCCGUCCAAUGUUCUCUCACCCUCUCCAGACCAGACUGACUUGCAAUGUGCAGACAGAGCAGGAAGUUGCAAAAGGCCCGUGCAACCCAAGGUUUGAUACCAGCACAAACAGAAACCCUCUUAAACCUAAACCUAGACUCAAACCUAACCUAACCCUAACCUCAACCCUAACCCUAACCCUAACCCUAACCAUAACCCUAACCCUAACCCUAGCCUCAACCAUAACCCUAACCCUAGCCUCCACCCUUCCUGCUGUCAGGUGAGGUAUGCCUCAUUGCCAUAGAGAUAACCUCACUAGGGGUUAAUAUACAGGGAGCCAGGAUUUGAGAACCAUUGUUGUAGACUUCUGUAUGAGUAAUACAUGUCCUGUAUGUGACUCAUGGGUCUGGCCUUGGCCUGAAUUAUCUGCCGGAACCUUCUAAUAGAUAAACCCUUUAUUCAGAAAGAACAUGGGUUAGCCUUGAAUAUGAAAUCGAAUUAAUAAAAUGCGGAUGAGGUAAUAAUAUACGCCAUUGGCAGACGCUUUUAUCCAAAGCCACUUACUGUAGUGAAUGUAUAAAUUUGUAUGGGGGGGGGGCAGGUAUUACUUGGCAGGUGUCAGUAUGAUGUGUGUACCUCCCACUGAAACCCAACCAUUUAGUUUGACCCCCACAGUACUGUAAUGACCAGACCAAGAGCCAAAGACCCAGAGCUCAGAUCUGUCCAACCCAGGGGAAGAGGCCCUCCACCUCCCCCCUCCCAUGGAGAGACAGCAGGUGCCCUUUAAAACUGACAGGCCUUUCUUCUCCAGGCUCACCCAGGCUCUCAGGGAUCAUUACUGGACUGUUAGUCCCAGGGGUCCAUUAUACUGGAUGUGGUGGGUAGGAGGUCUCAGUACGUCAGCUCAGUACUGGAUGUGGUGGGUAGGAGGUCUCAGUUACGUCAGCUCAGUACUGGAUGUGGUGGGUAGGAGUCUCAUACGUCAGCUCAGUACUGGAUGUGGUGGGUAGGAGGGUCUCAGUACGUCAGCUCAUACUGGAUGUUGGUGGGGUAGGACGGGGGGUCUCAGUACGUCAGCUCAGUACUGGAUGUGGUGGGUAGGAGGUCUCAGUACGUCAGCUCAGUACUGGAUGUGGUGGGUAGGAGGUCUCAGUACGUCAGCUCAGUACUGGAUGUGGUGGGUAGGACAUCUCAGUAUGUCAGAUAUGAAUAAGAACGGAGGAGAAAGGAGGAUCAGUGGGUAAGAUCUUAGCGCUGUAUGCUUCUCUGAAAUACAAGUAUAUGAUAGGGUUUUAAUAUUGCCUAUGUUGUUGCCUUGGCAAGACAAUGACAAAGGUGUUGGCUGAUGUAGAAACAGACUGGUACUCAGCGGGCUGUAAUUGGAUCACCAGGUGCACUCUACAGCAUAACAUAUGCUGCUUCUCUGUGGGCUCACUACAUAGGACUAACAGAACACCUCCAUCUCCUCAAUCAGGUGAAUGGUAGGGACUUGGAAUGGCAGGGAUGUGAGAAUGGUAGGGACUUGGGAAUAGUAGGGACUUGGGAAUGUUAGGGACUUGGGAAUGGUAGGGACUUGAGAAUGGUAGGGACUUGGGAAUGGUUGGGACUUGGGAAUGGUAGGGACUUGGGAAUGGUCGGGACUUGGGAACGGUAGGGACUUGGGAAUGGUAGGGACUUGGGAAUGGUAGGGACUUGAGAAUGGUAGGGACUUGGGAAUGGUAGGGACUUGGGAAUGGUAGGGACUUGGGAACGGUAGGGACUUAUGAAUGGUAGGGACUUGGGAAUGGUAGGGACUUGGGAAUGGUAGGGACUUGGGAAUGGUAGGGACUUGGCUGUGGGAAGAGACUAGCUUUUGUGAUACUGACUCACCACAUAGACACCUAGUUAUUCCUGUACAGUGUACAUAGGUUUAAGACUCUUCUAAUUCCCACCCCAUAGACUUCUAGUUAUUCCUGUACAGGUUUGAGACACUUCUAUCUCUUCCCCGUUCAGGUGAAUGGCAGGGACUACUCCAAAGCCAGCCAUGAUGAGGUGGUGGAGGUCAUCAGGAGAGACCCCAUCGUGGUGCAGGUUGUCCGUCACCAUGGCAACCCCGCCCACGCACACCAAACAUUUAAGGAGGUGCACGUGGUGGACGUGUGCACGCAGACUGACAUCACCUUCGAACACAUCAUGGCCCUGGCUAAGCUGAGACCUGCUACUCCACCUGUACCCGACAUCUGCCCCUUCCUGCUGUCAGACAGGUGAGGAGCAUCUAACCCUAACCCUAACCCUAACAUUAACCUUAACCCUUACCCUAACCCUAGCCUCAAACCUUACCCUAACCCUCAACCCUAACCCUAACCUGCUAUCUGCCACUUCCUGCUGUCAGACAGGUAAGGGGCAUCUAAUCCUAACCCUAACCCUAACCCUAACAUUAACCUUAACCCUUACCCUAACCCUAGCCUCAAACCUUACCCUAACCCUCAACCCUAACCCUAACCCUAACCUGCUAUCUGCCACUUCCUGCUGUCAGACAGGUGAGGGGCAUCUAACCCUAACCCUAACCCUAACCCUAACAUUAACCUUAACCCUUACCCUAACCCUAGCCUCAAACCUUACCCUAACCCUCAACCCUAACCCUAACCUGCUAUCUGUACCUUCCUGCUGUCAGGUGAGGUAUGCCUCGUUGCCAUAGAGAUAACCUCACUAGGGGGUUAAUAUACAAGGAGCCAGGAUUUGAGAACCAUUGUAGACUUCUGUAUGAGUAAUGCAUGUCCUGUAUGUGACUCAUGGGUUUGGCCUCAUGGAUUUUCUGCCAGAACUUUCUAAUACAGUGAGGGAAAAAAGUAUUUGAUCCCCUGCUGAUUUUGUACGUUUGCCCACUGACAAAGAAAUGAUCAGUCUAUAAUUUUUAUGGUAGGUUUAUUUGAACAGUGAGAGACAGAAUAACAACAACAAAAAUCCAGAAAAACGCAUGUCAAUAAUGUUAUAAAUUGAUUUGCAUUUUAAUGAGGGAAAUAAGUAUUUGACCCCUCUGCAAAACAUGACUUAGUACUUGGUGGCAAAACCCUUGUUGGCAAUCACAGAGGUCAGACGUUUCUUGUAGUUGGCCACCAGGUUUGCACACAUCUCAGGAGGGAUUUUGUCCCAAUCCUCUUUGCAGAUCUUCUCCAAGUCAUUAAGGUUUCGAGCCUGACGUUUGGCAACUAGAACCUUCAGCUCCCUCCACAGAUUUUCUAUGGGAUUAAGGCCUGGAGACUGGCUAGGCCACUCCAGGACCUUAAUGUGCUUCUUCUUGAGCCAAUCCUUUGUUGCCUUGGCCGUGUGUUUUGGGUCAUUGUCAUGCUGGAAUACCCACCCACAACCCAUUUUCAAUGCCCUGGCAGAGGGAAGGAGGUUCUCACCCAAGAUUUGACGGUACAUGGCCCCGUCCAUCGUCCCUUUGAUGCGGUGAAGUUGUCCUGUCCCCUUAGCAGAAAAACACCCCCAAAAGCAUAAUGUUUCCACCUCCAUGUUUGACGGUGGGGAUGGUGUUCUUGGGGUCAUAGGCAGCAUUCCUCCUCCUCCAAACACGGCAAGUUGAGUUGAUGCCAAAGAGCUCCAUUUUGGUCUCAUCUGACCACAACACUUUCACCCAGUUCUCCUCUGAAUCGUUCAGAUGUUCAUUGGCAAACUUCAGAAGGGCAUGUAUAUGUGCUUUCUUGAGCAGGGGGACCUUGCGGCCGCUGCAGGAUUUCAGUCCUUCACGGUGUAGUGUGUUAUCAAUUGUUUUCUUGGUGACUAUGGUCCCAGCUUCCUUGAGAUCAUUGACAAGAUCCUCCCGUGUAGUUCUGGGCUGAUUCCUCACCGUUCUCAUGAUCAUUGCAACUCCCCGAGGUGAAAUCUUGCAUGGAGCCCCAGGCCGAGGGAGAUUGACAGUUAUUUUGUGUUUCUUCCAUUUGCGAAUAAUCGCACCAACUGUUGUUACCUUCUCACCAAGCUGCUUGGCGAUAGUCUUGUAGCCCAUUCCAGCCUUGUGUAGGUCUACAAUCUUGUCCCUGACAUCCUUGGAGAGCUCUUUGGUCUUGGCCAUGGUGGAGAGUUAGGAAUCUGAUUGAUUGAUUGCUUCUGUGGACAGGUGUCUUUAAUACAGGUAACAAGCUGAGAUUAGGAGCACUCCCUUUAAGAGAGUGCUCCUAAUCUCAGCUCGUUACCUGUAUAAAAGACACCUGGGAGCCAGAAAUCUUUCUGAUUGAGAGGGGGUCAAAUACUUAUUUCCCUCAUUAAAAUGCAAAUCAAUUUAUACAAUUUUUGACAUGCGUUUUUCUGGAUUGUUUUGUUUUUAUUCUGUCUCUCACUGUUCAAAUAAACCUACCAUUAAAAUUAUAGACUGAUCAUUUCUUUGUAGUGGGCAAACGUACAAAAUCAGCAGGGGAUCAAAUACUUUUUUCCCUCACUGUAGAUAAACCCUUUAUUCAGAAAGAACAUGGGUUAGCCUUGAAUAUGAAAUUGAAUUAAUAAAAUGCGGAUGAGGUAAUAAUGUAGACAUUAGUAGACACUUUUAUCCAAACUGACUUACUGUAGUGAAUGUAUACAUUUGUAUGGGUGUCCCCUUGGAUGGUUCUCCUCAACACGGAGAUGCUUUAUUAUGGGUUACGUCAACCUGAUGUGGUUGUUCAGAGCCGCCUCUACUGUAUCAUGGUGGACAGCAGCAUUAACCCCCCCCCCCCCCCCCCCCCAAGUACAGCUGAUCACAUCCCUUUAAUGUCAUCAGGCUGCUCUCCAACCCACGUGUAAUAGUUGUGUCUGCAGUGCAGUCACACUGCCGCAUCCAUUUCCUUUAAGAGUUUACAAGGUGAUUAAAAACAAACUCAUUCUCCAUCUAUUUAUAGGUCUUUACUGGGCCCCAGAUUAAAUCAAUUUGUCCUAUAAACCACAAAUCAUCCGUUCCCUCGUCUGUGAUACGGCUGAUAAGGGGGAGGCAGUAUGGAUGCUGGUGUGAUUAGAAAUAACAGUGAUGUUACUGUGGGCUGGUUAUACCCAGGGCUGCGAUGUCGCUGCAUACAUGCCAAGUAAGCAUCUGCAAAUCAAUGUAUUACAGAGGAGAUAAAACCCACUUACAUGGGUUUUAUGUCUCGUUAAAAUGUGUCUAUGUUUCAAAUGAAACAAUGUGUGUAUAGAUCCAUGCCAUUAGUUGCUUUAUUGGGGGUUGUAAAAGGGAUUUUUGCUAGCGACCGAUAUGUACAACGCAGGGAGAAAGGUGUUAAAACCAGCUUGCUACUCACACAUCUUUCUUUCUUUCUCCCCCUCUCUCCCCUCUCUCCCCCUCUCUCGCCCUCUCUUUCUUUUCCUCCCCAGCUGUCACUCCAUCCACACCAUGGAGCAUGAGUUCUACGAGUGUCCAGAGUACCUCUCCAACACCCCAGCUGAAGUGGACAUGCCAGAUGAGUUUGAGUACGAGGUAAGUCAAUAUUGAGCCCCACAAAUUCCUGCCAUGACAAUUCUCCCACAGCGAUUAUAUUGACAAGUCAUCUGGCUCUUGGUCAAAUAUAGUGCUCCCUACUUAUGCCCUACAAAGCUAAUUACAACCACAUAUCCCGGCAACUCAUUUUGUCAUCCAAAUGAUAAAGAUUAAAAUACCGGAAUGAAUCUUACUACCUCAGUUUGGUAUGUUUUCCCUAUAAAGAAGGACACUUGUCAGACACACUUGCAGUGUUGAUAAAUAGCCUAACUGGGAAGCUGGGAGGCUGGGAGGCUGGGUGGAGAAUGUAAUUUGUGUCAGAGAGGCAGUGACUGUGGGAGACAUGAGGUGAGGUGAGGUGAGGUGAGGUGAUGGGUGACGUGGUAGUGUGUGUUUGUGCAGUGGUGGUGCUCGUUUAAUGGCCGCCCGUGGUUCACUGCACAGGAUUCUGGGUCAUUAGUGUUCCUCUGCUGCCAGCUGUGGUUUAACUGCCUCUUCUGACUAAAUGGAUGGAUGUCUCUCUGUGUGAGAGAGGGAUGAGAGACGGUGUGAAGUUUGAGCACACACUCACAGGCACACACACACACAAGUACGCACACAGGCACACACACGCGCGCAGGCAAGCACGCACGCACACACACACACACACACACACUGGCCAGCCCAACUGAGGCAGGGUCAGUGUCAGGUCAUGACCUGAUUUCUGAUGUUAUGGCUACUCUUUCCCCUCAAACACACACACACACCUGGCCCUCAAUUACUCUUUGUUCAGUCAAGUGUAUCUAACUGUACCCUGAAUGGCCUUGCUCCUCAAGGGAAGGGAAGAGUUGCCCUAGCAGCUCAGGGAAAUUAGCUGUGAAGGAUGUGUUUAGCCUGGCUUCAUACUAACUUAAGCACAGCUACAGUGCAGCUGUGGGAGGUUUUUCUUCCCAGUGACCUGCUAUAAAAACAACACACAGAUGCAGAUGAUCUUCUACCAUGGUCUCUCUAGGUGGUGUCUCUCUAACCUCAGAGAGUACAUCCACAGGUUAUUACUGACGAUUAUAAGGUGGUUUACCCCUUUACGAGUUAAUGUACUGCCUGCACUACACACUGUGAUUUCUCACUCUAGGAGGGAGUCUCUAAUCUAACCUCAAAGAUCUCCAGAUUACAAGGUUGUGUCCUGUACUACACACUGUGAUUGUUCUCUCUGACAGUAGGGAGCUAGUGUUCUCUAAUCUCUCAGUACAUGGUAGUUAAUCAACAGUCAUGGUGCGUUCAUGUCAACCACUUUUCUCGACCGUUCUGAACCGUUCUAAACUGUGUGGAGGUGCGGAGUCUACUCGCCAGCAACAGCUGAGUCCUAGUGAAAAGCGCCCUUCCUCCUUUGAGGGAAAAAUGGCUGUUUAUUGUGGCUAGAUGUUGAAGAAAUGAAUGUAUUUUUUGAAUCAGUCACCUCUGUGCUUUAGCUCUAAUCUUUCCCAACUGCCACCAGGAAUCCUUUGGAAAUUAGGGUAUCCCUUUAAUUAGGGUAUCCCUUUAUUUGGGUAUCCCUUUAAUUAGGGUAUCCCUUUAAUUAGGGUAUCCCUGUUAUAGUCCCUUCUUUCUACCCCCUGCCUUCCAACUGUAACUUCACAAGUAAAAUACAUUUGGCAGAGCAAAAUGUCAAACUGUACAAUUAUAUAUUUCUGUUUCUUCCCAACACAGCAGUGACUAAACAGACCAGGGUUAAUACACCUGCAACAUUAAGGGAACACGCUGUGAAGUAAAUGCCAUCGGUGCGACCAUCAAAGACAUCCCCAGUGGGACACCCGUCUGUGUUUUGUUUGAUAUGAGGUUUUAGUGCAAUUGAUGUACAGACCACACUCUGGGCUGGGGGACAUGGUAGGUGUGUGAUGUGUUACCAUGGUGAGGAGAGGUUAGGAACCACACAACAAGAAUAAGCAAAGACCACAGGAGGUGGGAUGUCAUUUAUCAGACAAUAAUUCAACAUCAAUUGCAGUCUUAACUGGUCUGGAAUGAUGCAGCUUUAGUACCAAUGCCACAGUAUACCAUGGUGAUAGUGGGUUACUUGUUGAAUUUGUUUCAGUGAUACAGUUGGUUUACAUUCAAACACACACACACACACACACACACACAAGCGUAUGAAUGCACACACACAUGCACUCACUCUCACACACUAUUUCACCCUUUGCAGAGAUUUACUGGGGGAACUUCGUGUUUCUCCCUAUGGGUGCACACAGAACUAUGUUGAUCAACAUUUUGGUCUCGGUGAAGUUGGGGCACCAAGGUAUGUGUUGUUUAAAGGGGAAUUUCACCCUGGGGGAAUCAUGUCUGAGGCAUGUUUCACACAUACUUGCCCAGGAGGAAGGCAGGUCAGGGCUUCGCGCUCUGAAUGAUACACCCUAUGACAUCUUCCGGUGUAUUGAUGGGGGGGGGGGGGGAGCGAGAUCUAAAAAUGAAUGUAGUCCUACUUUGUGGUAUUUCGUGAAGACUCUAUGUUAUAUUGAUUGCACUAUACGUUUUUGUGGGUGCAGAUAUGGUUGUCCUUGUUCCAUAUAGCCAUUGGACGUCUGUCAGUGAUGUUCCUAUUGGCGGAUUCAUUGCUAAAUAUACAAGCAGACACAUUUUUUCCAUUCUAUGAAAGACUACAACUUGUGUUGGGCGGUGCUUCAUGCUCUGGCCCCUGUCCUUCCUCCGAGGCAGGCUUUUUUGUAAAAGAGGCUAUAUCAACAAUUCUAUUUUUACCUCUAAUUGAGAAUCUUCCGUUUUGUUGUGAAAGGAAAAAAAAUAGAUGGUAUCGCAUCACUUCUCAACUGUCGUUGAAAUUGAUUCCCUAACAGUUCAGUCUGAUAAUCUUUGAUCACCGCAUCAUUCUUGAUAGCCGCAAGCCACUAGGAGAAUCAGGGUGAAUCUCUGGUAGGUAGAACGGUGAAAGGUAACACAUUUUUGCGCUUGUUUGUAAUUAGCACAGCCAGGCACAGAACAACACACAGGCAUGAUGACAAAUAUUAGUGAAAAACAAACGUUUACAAAAAAACCUUGCCAAGAGAAGUUCUGAGAUGACUGUGUGUUGGAGGUUCCAAGUAAACAACGGCAUUAUUGAAGUUGUGGCCACGCCCCCUUGUGGCCACGCCCCCUCUACCUUCGCUAUGAAUGCCAGACUAUUUGGUUCACUUUUUGGUUCCUGAUUCUACCAGUGAAAUGAAAAUGUCAGAGUUCUAGCUUGUGGUUUGGAUAAUUGUGAUGUUUAUGAUAAAAACGUAAUGAUGCUAAUAUAGCAAUGACUAUAUGCCAUGGCAGAGCCAGGGUGAAAUUCCCCUUUAAUGAACAACUGGAACAGGGCUUGAUGGGACUGGAGUCUGAACCCCACUAGAGUGAAUAGUGAAUAUUUCAUCACCGUGGUAACCACAGCCUACUCCGUCUGGGGAUCUACUCUGGCUCCUAGCUGAAUAUCAUCAGUAGAAAUUAGCAGAGGGCCUUAAUGCUGGAAGCAUUCAUUUUAAGAGGGUCUGUAUAAUUAUCUCAUACUUAUCUAACUUUAGAAAUAGAUAAUUCACCCUUCUGUGUCACUAACCUACUUCCUACACAAUGGUGCAGAAUGAAGUCAGUACCAUAUGUUGAUAUGAGCAUAGAUUUAAUUUCCUGGCAACAGCUCUCUAGUUAGUGACAAUUCUCAGAGACUAAGCUCAGAGUAUUCAUAAAGCGUUUCAGAGAGUGCUGAUCUCCCCCUGGUCCAUCCAUUAUAACCUGAAAGGCUAACUGAUCCUAGAUCAGCACUCCUACUCUGAGACGUUUUUUUGAAUAUGGGCCCAGCUUUUGAACUUGAAAAGAACAAGGUCAUUAUGAAGUCUGUUCAGGUAACACAUCUCUGUUGGACUCCUCUCCUCUCCGUUGUGAAUUCUCUCUGUUCUGUUCUGUCUCUACAGCAGGUAGAGCUGUGCCGGCUCAACAGUCAGGAGAAGUUGGGUCUGACGCUGUGCUAUCGGACUGACGAUGAAGAGGAUACAGCUAUCUACGUCAGCCACGUAAGCACCACCACCAUCACCACAAAUCCUUAGGGGCAACUCAGACUUAGGAAAUGUACGCCUUUCUUACACACGCCUUUCCUACGCACUUCUCAGUAGUUGGUAUUCAGACUUACCUUAUGGCGUGGUUCCCUAGCGUGCUGAAUAAAUGUAAUUCAACUGCUGAAAAACCUCCCACUUGCUGGCCAACAGAUUUUCCUGUGGAGUUCAUUCAAUAGUGGUUUCAGUACAUUUAUCUAAAGUCAUCACUUUACAUUUGGUGUACCUUCAUUAUAACUUUCUCGACAGGCUCACUAGAAUAUAUUGAGAGAACGGUUCAGAAUAUUAGGGAUCAAUUAAAGAAAACCAUCAAUUGUAAAUACACGCAUAUUCGUUUCCUUUUCAGCACCAGUUGUUAGAUUUUAAAAUACUCUGAUCUUGUAUAUUAUUUAGGGUUAGGAAAGUAUUUAUGAAUCUUUUUUUUUUUUUUAAGUUUGGAGAGCCUUUAUGCACAAAAUAUAUCGGUGAAUCAAAAAUACAGUGGUUUUAUUCAUCCUGAAAGUUGCCAUAUUCAAUUGUUCAAUCCAUGAAAUAUUAGAAGGUGAGAAAAGUGUCCAAUAGGGGUUGAGCAGUAGUCCUAUAAAUAUAUCCUAAUAACCCUCACUAAUCACGAAACUGUGAUGACAACGGUCCAGUCGUGAUGGUCUGAGUUCCAUGAUGAUUCAAUAGAGUCCAUGCCCUAAAUUAUUGCACAACUUGUAAUACGUUCGCCUAAUACAGUAUGAUCCACUAUUACUAGCGAUCCUCAGGAACAACCACAUGAACGUGACAGAGGAAGGUAAACUAACGAUGUAAUGGAAUGAUGCAAAACGUAAGGAAACAAACACUAAAGUGACAGUUAUAAAUGUAUGUGAGUAUAACUGAAGGUGGCUACAUACAGUGAGGGAAAAAAAGUAUUUGAUCCCCUGCUGAUUUUGUACGUUUGCCCACUGACAAAGAAAUGAUCAGUCUAUAAUAUUAAUGGUAGGUUUAUUUGAACAGUGAGAGACAGAAUAACAACAAAAAAAUCCAGAAAAACGCAUGUCAAAAAUGUUAUAAAUUGAUUUGCAUUUUAAUGAGGGAAAUAAGUAAUUGACCCCCUCUCAAUCAGAAAGAUUUCUGGCUCCCAGGUGUCUUUUAUACAGGUAACGAGCUGAGAUUAGGAGCACACUCUUAAAGGGAGUGCUCCUAAUCUCAGUUUGUUACCUGUAUAAAAGACACCUGUCCACAGAAGCAAUCAAUCAGAUUCCAAACUCUCCACCAUGGUCAAGACCAAAGAGCUCUCCAAGGAUGUCAGGGACAAGAUUGUAGACCUACACAAGGCUGGAAUGGGCUACAAGACCGGUUGGUGCGAUUAUUUGCAAAUGGAAGAAACACAAAAGAACUGUCAAUCUCCCUCGGCCUGCAAGAUCUCACCUCGUGGAGUUGCAAUGAUCGUGAGAACGGUGAGGAAUCAGCCCAGAACUACACGGAAGGAUCUUGUCAAUGAUCUCAAGGCAGCUGGGACCAUAAUCACCAGGAAAACAAUUGGUAACACACUACGCCGUGAAGGACUGAAAUCUUGCAGCGCCCGCAAGGUCCCCCUGCUCAAGAAAGCACAUAUACAUGCCCGUCUGAAGUUUGCCAAUGAACAUCUGAAUGAUUCAGAGGAGAACUGGGUGAAAGUGUUGUGGUCAGAUGAGACCAAAAUUGAGCUCUUUGGCAUCAACUCAACUCGCCGUGUUUGGAGGAGGAGGAAUGCUGCCUAUGACCCCAAGAACACCAUCCCCACCGUCAAACAUUACGCUUUGGGGGUGCUUUUCUGCUAAGGGGACAGGACAACUUCACCGCAUCAAAGGGACGAUGGACGGGGCCAUGUACCGUCAAAUCUUGGGUGAGAACCUCCUUCCCUCAGCCAGGGCAUUGAAAAUGGGUCGUGGAUGGGUAUUCCAGCAUGAAAAUGACCCAAAACACACGGCCAAGGCAACAAAGGAGUGGCUCAAGAAGAAGCACAUUAAGGUCCUGGAGUGGCCUAGCCAUAGAAAAUCUGUGGAGGGAGCUGAAGAUUCGAGUUGCCAAACGUCAGCCUCAAAACCUUAAUGACUUGGAGAAGAUCUGCAAAGAGGAGUGGGACAAAAUCCCUCCUGAGAUGUGUGCAAACCUGGUGGCCAACUACAAGAAACGUCUGACCUCUGUGAUUGCCAACAAGGGUUUUGCCACCAAGUACUAAGUCAUGUUUGCAGAGGGUUCAAAUACUUAUUUCCCUCAUUUAAAAUGCAAAUCAAUUUAUAACAUUUUUGACAUGCGUUUUUCUGGAUUUUUUUGUUGUUAUUCUAAUAAUAAUAAUAAUAUGCCAUUUAUCCAAAGCGACUUACAGUCGUGCGUGCAUACAUUUUUUGUGUAUGGGUGGUCCCGGGGAUCGAACCCACUACCUUGGCGUUACAAGCGCCGUGCUCUACCAGCUGAGCUAGGGGGAUCAAAUACUUUUUUCGCUCACAACAUGAUACAAAUAUUUUUUUUAAAAUACAGUGAACAGUCCAGGCAUAUAAUGAAAACAUUCUAGAAAUCAUAAAUCAACUUGAUAGGUAUGUUUCAGUUUGCUGCCAUAUGACUGGUUUUACAUUUGUCUCCAGUGAUCAUAAGGUAAAAUAUAACUAAAACAAUUGUCAUUUACAAUCCCUUUAUCCAAACGGCUUACUCAUUUACCUAGCUCUUAUCAAUAGGUCUUAUCAAUUAGUAAAUCACAGUACAUGGGGAAUGGUGUUAUUUCUAUCUGAAAAAAAAAAAGAAAGCAGAUGUUGUUCCACUUGGAACCGACAGGUUGCUCAACCACAUUCAUCGUUUCAUCGUGCGUAAAGGUGGUGGAAUAAUUGGGGAAUUAAGUCAAAUUCAGAAUACAGCGUAUCUGUAGACACCUCCGCCACACCUUAAUUUGUUUGAUCUCCACCCGAACAAAUAGCGGGUGAAUAGCAUGCUGUUCUCAUGCUUAAAUUCAAGGUCAGAGUACACAUAGAGAGAAAUGGGUAUAAAAAAGGGAUACGUUCCAUUUAUGCUCAUUUAACUCUGGUCGGAAUUCCCCCCCGAGAUUCGAUCUUCCCCAGAGAAGUGUCCUGUUGGUAGGACACAGAUCUAUCCAUGCCCCCCUCCUGAGUCUGGUUCUCUGGCAUACGGUCAUGUGACAAACUGCACUCCAAGGGCUUGGUUAAAGGAAGGGAAGAGACACGGCGUGUUAGAAUAAAUCAAACAAGGAAUCCCACCGCAUAUCAAUUACCUUUUAUAGUCAGAAGCAAUUAAAAGAUAACCGUGAAUUCCCAUUUGAUAGCAUAUACGUUGUGGAAUAUUGACUGACUUCAAAUGAAUUAGGUGUUAAGGAAUGAGGAAGUGUUUGAAUGUUUGCCAAGCAAAUAAUAUCUCUUCCGCCCCGAAUGAACCAUGCAUGGAGAGAGGAGAGGAAAGUAAGUCAAGUUUGAAAUACUCCCCUCGUUCUGUUCAAUAUUCUAAUUGAGGAUUUUAAUUAGUCCACAGUGAGUGACAUCCUUCCUUCUCGUCUCCUGCAAAGUGUAAAAUGACACAUUUUCCCGCCACCGCGUCUGCAUACCAAAGAGCAAAGAGACAGUUGAGUGGAAAUAAUCUCUCUCAGACUAAAGUAAAAUUGAAGCUCUCAUUCUCUCUCAUUCUGGUGGUGUGUGUGUGUGUGUUCGUGUGUGUGUGUGGUAUUGCCUUGCUCUUACACCAGCUUUCUCUUCAAUAAACCGAAGCGUUACCUCAGGUAAAGUAGGAACAGCACCUGCAGUUGCCUCAUAACCUAGGAACAGCACCUGCGGUUGCCUCAUACCCUUCUAACAUCAUGUAAUAACCCAAAACAGGGUAUUUGUCUAACUUUUGAUUCCAGAACAUGCUUAUCAGCCUCAUUAAAAUGUAUUUUUGUAGAUAAUGUUGGAGUCACUUUUCUUGUGGAAGCGUAGGUAUGCUUUUCCUGUUGGUUUUCAACAUGUAUGUACAUCUCUUGAUCUUGACUGGGAGAUCUACAAAGUGUUUGAAAUAAUUGCAGAGAAAUUGAAGCGGUAUUGAAAUCAUACCAAAUAGAUUAGAUUCCCUCAUAAACGUAUCCACUGGGAUUGCCUGUGAAAAAUAUGAAAUGUUGAUAUUAUUUAAAUUAUAAAUAUCUACACGUUUUCAGCUUAAUAAUUUCUGACUUUUUAAUAUGCUUCCACUGUUUAUUUUCUCUUGCUAAGGGCUUUAUUUUGAUGUUCAGUUCUUUGAUGAAAGAAAUGCUUGUGUUUGAUUAAGACCGAAUUUCAAAGGUAGGAAGGAAAAAAACAGAACAGAUAGCUUCAAGGGAACGAUUCGACAUUCGAUACAAGCACUCCUCAAAAAUGAAAACAAAAUACGGAGAAAAUCAAUAAAUAUUUAGAUUCAUUCCCCUUACUUAAAUCAGGCAGGAAGAUGGUUGUUGACAUCAACAUCAGUGUUAUCUUGGUGGACAGCUACCACACUAAUAAACCUCAGAUGCUACAAUCCAUACCGUCAUAUUUCAAACUAUAUGGGAACAUCCCAAAUGGCACCCUAUACUCUAUAUAGUGCACUACUACCCAAAAGGCUCUGAUCAAAAGUAGUGCACUAUUUAGGGAAUAGGGUGCCAUUUGGGACAAACAUGCCAUUACCAUGUGAAGUUGAGCUCAAUGGAAGCGUUGAGGUCGGCGUUGUAUUGUAAAAGCAAUAUCUUCAGAUGAUGAUGAUGAUGAUGUUGACACAAAGAGAGAGCAAUGAAGGUGUUUGAUAAUGAUCCACCAGCUGUCUGUUCUAGCAGACAGUGUCAUGCCAACAGUAGUAACUUGUGUAUCUGUGUCUGGAUUGUUUUGUUUGUUCAGGUUGGACCCAAUAGCAUCGCUGCCAGGGAUGGGCGCAUUAGGGAAGGAGAUCGAAUAUUACAGGUACGUAUUUUCAUCUCAAGACCAAUUGCAUGAGCACGCACCACACACACACACACACACACUCUAAGGCACCUGUAAAGCUCUCUUCUACGAGCAGAGCUGUUGUUGUCUCGGGGCUGCAGAUCAUAUGCAUAUUUUAUGGAUACACUUAAGCUGGGAAAUGAAAGUCCUUAGUGUUGCUUUCACACAGCAGCACCACAUCCUCCCUGGCGGGUCUCUCUCUCUCUCUCUGAAAACUGUAGAGCCACCUGGGGGGUCAGACACAGUGAUACCUGCAGCUAGACUCCCACAUCAGAGGGAGAGAGAGGAGUGUGGAAGUGGGUUUGAGUGUGUGUGGUUGUGUGUAUAUGGUGUGUGUGCGUUUCUGAUUUUACUAUCCUUGUGGGGACCAGAAGUCCUCACAAAGAUAGUAAAUCAAGGAAAAUUCGGACAAGUGGGGACAUUUCGUUGGUCCCCACAAGGAAAAAGGCUAUUUUAGGCUUAGGGGUUAGGGUUACAAUUAGAAUUAGGGUUAGUGUUAGGUUUAGGAGUUAAGGUUAGGGUUAGGGUUAGGUUAAGGGUUAGGGAAAAUAUGAUUUUGAAUGGGAAUCAAUUGUUUGGUCCCCACAAGGAUAGUAAAUCAAAUGUGUGUGUGUUAGGUGUGUUAUGUGUGAACAGAGAUUAGAAGUAGUAGUCAGUGCUUUUCUACACUCCCCAGUAGUAGCAGUCAUGAUGUUAGGUGACUGGUGGCCUAAACCCUGCACAGUCUCCUCCGAUUGGAGGGCUAUGUCCCUGUUGUAUUCUGAUUGGAGGGCUGAGCCCUGGUGUUCUCUGGGUCCUAUUAUCUCUCUGUGACAACCCCAUUACUCUGCAGGGGAAAGAUGAACGCCACCUGUCACAGAACAGUUAAUUGUCUGGAUGGGCGCAGUGCUGCGCUGAGACGAGCCUUUCAUGAACACCAUGCAGCGCUCUCUCUCUCUCUCUCUCUCUCUCUCUCUCUCUCUCUCUCUCUCUCUCUCUCUCUCUCUCUCUCUUUCUCUCUCUCUCUCCCCCAUGGCUGUGGCUGGACCCCACACUCCCUCUUUAAUCAAUGCAGAGUAGAGACAGUACACAGAGCAGACCAGACAUCCUCUGCCUGCCUGUGAAAGUGUGAAUUCAUAAUUGACUGGAGGUGCUUUUCUCAGAGAGACGGAGAGGUGGAGGGAGAGAUUAAAAGGGGGAUAGUUUCCUCAAACACUCCAUCUUCUGUGAUGGAGGGAGUUAAGUGAAUGACUGUGAUGUGCACGGUAUAGGAAGGGAGUCAUUUAAAGGGGGAUGGUUUCGUCAGUCAGUCAGGAGUUAAUGAGUGUGAAGCUUUUCUUUCUUUAUCGCUGUAUGUACAGUACACUAUGUGAGUGAGUGUGUACUAGAUACAGUACUUUCUAAUCUCUUUGUGUACUAGAUACAGUACAUUCUAAUCUCUCUGUGUACUAGACACAGUAUUUUCUAAUCUCUUUGUGUACUAGAUACAGUACUUUCUAAUCUCUUUAAGUAUGUGUUUUACAUAAUUGCUUCAUUGAUUCUUCUUCUGUGGUGGAGUUUAGUUGUCAGUGAGUGUGAAAGACAGUGACAGGUUCUCUUCUUAAUCAGUAUGUGUGAACUAUAUAUUUUCUCAUCUCUUUACCUACGUUCUACCAGAUCAACGGCUGUGACGUACAGGACAGGCAGGAAGCUGUCGCUCUCCUGUCCAGUGAGGAGUCCAGGAGUAUCGUUCUCCUGGUGACCAGACCAGAGGAGGCGUGGCUUGAUGAGGAGCACAAUGAAGUCCUUGAGGAGCUGAAGAUGGAGAUCCUAGAGGAGAGGAGGAACGAGGAGGCGCAGAAGACAGGAGGAGGAGAGGAGCAGGUGAGAACAGCUUGGGGAAGACCUGGGGAAGAGAAUAUGAGCUGGACAUAGUUGGUCAUUACAUUUUACAUUUACAUUUUUACAUUUAGCAGACGCUCUUAUCCAGAGCGACUUACAGUUAGUGAGUGCAUACAUUAUAAUUUUUUUAUACUGGCCCCCCGUGGGAAUCAAACUCACAACCCUGGUGUUGCAAACACCAUGCUCGACCAACUGAGCUACACAGGACCAUUAUACACUGAGUGUACAAAACAUUCUUAAUACACACGAGAAACUGUUGAGUGUGAAAAACCCAGUAGCGUUGCAAUUCUUGAAACACUCAAACCGGUGCGCCUGGCACCUAUUACCAUACCCCGUUCAAAGGCACUUAAAUAUUUUGUCUUGCCAUUCAACCUCUGAAUGGAACACAUACACAAUCCAUGUCUACAUUUUCUCAAGGCUUAAAAAUCCUUCUUUAACCUGUCUCCUCCCCUCCAUCUACACUGAUUGAAGUGGAUUUAACAAGUGACAUCAAUAAGGGAUCAUAGCUUUAACCUGGAUUCACCUGGUCAGUCUAUGUCAUAGAAAGAGUUCUUAAUGUUUUGUCCACUCAGUGUAUAUCAUUAUAGAUAAUCAUCAUGUUGACUCCCUGUAUAAAUCAAAUGUAAAUAAAACAUCCAAACAGAUCAUAUUUCAAUGUUGAGAGUACAGAUGUCUAGGUGUUGCUAUUCUAAACAGUAUAGAUGUCCAGGUGUUGCUUUUCUUAACUCUUAAGAGCUUGUACUAGGAUUUGGGCUGAUGCAUGUUGAUAUGUUAUAGAAUAUUUUUUAUCUUUUCUACUUGUUUUUGUCACACCCUCUCUAACCAGAACUCUUUGUUCUCUUUCCAGGCCAAGCAGCUGGAGGAGGAUGACGUCAUGACAGACACGGCCACGUGUUCGUCCAAUACUCAGGACAAAGACAGCGGUAUGGGGACGGGGCGCAACGAGGAGAGCUCCGAACAGGAAGUCCUCCUAGCCCGUGUACAUCGGAGGCCUGCCCAGGGCCUGAGAGACCGAUGGAGGGCCGAGCAUGGCCAGGGGCUGGGCAGGAGGGUGGUGCCCUCGGACACCCAGGGACCCAGGGGUCUGAUCCAAGCCCAGGACGGUGAGGGCGGAGUGGGGUUAGGACUGGAGUGUGACAGCCGCUUCCAGCAGCUCGUGGAGCUCAAGUGCCAGAUCCGUAACGGCGGGGAGUGUGGUGUGUACUACAGCAGGAGAAGCACCAUGGAGUGCAGCCUGACGGAGCAGAGCGGGGUGGGGGUCAGUGAUGGAGGAGGGAUGGAACAGGAGCUGAGGAUGUUGAACGAGGAGCUGAGGAGUAUCGAGCUGGAGUGUCAGAGCAUCAUGCAGGCCCACCAGCUCCGCAAGACCAAGAGGGACCCCCCCUGCGCCCCUAUCUGCUCCCCAGGACGGAGCCCCAAAGACGGGCGUAAGCGGCAUGCCAAGCUGGCCGAUAUCAACGAGCAUCCAGGGGAGAGGCCGUGGGACAGCGACAAGCUAAGGGGGGACAAGGACAGCUCCAGUGCCUAUAACACAGCUGAGAGCGCCAGGUCCACUCCUCUAGGCAUGGAGAGAUCCCCGGACCACUCUCUACAGAGACGCAUCAGCCUCACCAAUCAGAAGAACCUCCAGAGUACAAUGGCAGCCUCCGGCCAGUCCAUCUCCAUCCCCAUCCCAGACAGGUAUGUAGUCAAUCAAUCAAAUGUAUUUUAUUAAGCCCUUUUUAGCCUUGAGUUUAGAAAGGUGGGCCAUCAGCCGGUGGGUUCCGGUUCCAAUCCCGGGUCUGACAUUUCUAUUAUAGACAAUGGAUAAUAAUGUUCUUUUUCAGAGAGCUCCAGAGUGGGACCUCGACCGGGCACAGCCGACAGGAUCCCAACCCCAGCCCAGGCACCACGGUCAUCUCCAGCAGCCCCGACCAGUCCAACCCCUCCCCCUCCGAGUCAGACCCGGCCCUGCCUGCAGACGACGAGCGCUGCGACCGCACCAGGAGCCACCGGGGGCCACCCAAGGUCCCUACCUACCCAUCCCCCUACCACACAGCCCCCCAGCAGGGCCAGGGCGCCUCUCCGGCCCACGCCAGACACCUUCAGAGCUACAUGCAGCAGCUCCUCCAGCAGACCUCCAGUCUGGAGACCUACUCCCAGUCCCAGCUCAGCCUCCUCAGUGUCUGCCGGGAGCGCUCCGGCCGCCCGGGGGAACCACGCCUCGAGUGGAAGGUCAAAGUUCGAGCCGACGGGACGAAGUAUGUAACCCGGCGCCCGGCGAGGGACCGAAUUCUUCGAGAACGGGCGCUGAGGAUCAGGGAGGAGCGUAGUGGAGGGAUGACCACGGACGACGACGCUAUGUCCGAGAUGAAGAUGGGGCGGUACUGGAGUAAAGAGGAGAGGAAGCAGCAGCUGGCUAGAGCCAGGGAGCAGAGGAGGAGGAGGGAGUACAUGCAGAGGAGCCGGCUGGAGUGUCUCAGAGAGGGGCCGGGGAGCGGGGCCGAGGGCCGUAAAGAGGUCAACAUCCUGGAACUCAGCCACAAGAAGAUGAUGAAGAAACGCAACAAGAAGAUCCUGGAUAACUGGAUGACCAUCCAGGAACUAAUGAGUCACGGGGCCAGAGCACCUGAGGACCAGGGGACUAAACAAGUACACAAUGCCUUCCUGUCUGUUACUACAGUAUAG